CAACCAUGUCUGGCGGCGCCUCAGAGAAGCAGAGCAGCACUCACAGUUCCCUGUUCCUCUCGCCACCGGCGCCUGCCCCCAAGAAUGGCUCCAGCUCCGAUUCCUCCGUGGGAGAGAAACUGGGGGCCGCGGCGAGCGACGCUGGGGGUGGCAGGACCGAGGAGUACCGGCGCCGCCGCCACACUAUGGACAAGGACAGCCGUGGGGCGGCCGCGACCACUACCACCACUGAGCACCGCUUCUUCCGCCGGAGCGUUAUCUGCGACUCCAAUGCUACUGCGUUGGAGGUGCCCGGCCUCCCCCUUUCUCUCCCCCAGCCCAGCAUUUCCGCGGUUGUUCCUCAGAGUGCUCCGCCAGAGCCCCACCGGGAGGAGACCUUGACUGUCUCCGCGGCUUCCCAGGUCGCCCAGCAGCCUCCAGCCGCUGCUGCUCCUGGGGACCAAGCUGUCGCGGGUCCUGCCGCCUCCACUGCCCCCAGCAGUACCAGCAAAGACCGCCCGGUUUCCCAGCCCAACCUUGUGGGGAGCAAAGAGGAGCCUCCGCCGGCAAGAAGUGGCAGCGGCGGCGGCAGCGCGAAGGACCCACAGGAGGAACGGAGCCAGCAACAGGAUGACAUCGAAGAACUGGAGACCAAGGCCGUGGGAAUGUCCAACGAUGGCCGCUUUCUCAAGUUUGACAUCGAAAUCGGCAGAGGCUCCUUUAAGACGGUCUAUAAAGGUCUGGACACUGAAACUACAGUGGAAGUCGCCUGGUGUGAACUGCAGGAUCGAAAGUUAUCAAAGUCUGAGAGGCAGAGAUUUAAAGAAGAGGCUGAAAUGUUAAAGGGUCUUCAACAUCCCAAUAUUGUUCGAUUUUAUGAUUCCUGGGAAUCCACAGUAAAAGGAAAGAAAUGCAUUGUUUUGGUGACUGAACUUAUGACAUCUGGAACACUUAAAACGUACUUGAAAAGGUUUAAAGUAAUGAAGAUCAAAGUUCUAAGAAGCUGGUGCCGUCAGAUCCUUAAAGGACUUCAGUUUCUUCAUACUAGAACUCCACCUAUUAUUCACCGGGAUCUUAAAUGUGACAACAUCUUUAUCACUGGCCCUACAGGCUCAGUCAAGAUUGGAGACCUUGGUCUGGCAACCCUGAAGCGGGCUUCUUUUGCCAAGAGCGUGAUAGGUACCCCAGAGUUCAUGGCCCCUGAGAUGUAUGAGGAGAAAUAUGAUGAAUCCGUUGAUGUUUAUGCUUUUGGGAUGUGCAUGCUUGAGAUGGCUACAUCUGAAUAUCCAUACUCGGAGUGCCAAAAUGCUGCACAGAUCUACCGUCGAGUGACCAGUGGAGUGAAGCCAGCUAGUUUUGACAAAGUAGCAAUUCCUGAAGUGAAGGAAAUCAUUGAAGGAUGCAUACGGCAAAACAAAGAUGAAAGAUAUUCCAUCAAAGACCUUUUGAACCAUGCCUUCUUCCAGGAGGAAACAGGGGUACGGGUAGAAUUAGCAGAAGAAGAUGAUGGAGAAAAGAUAGCCAUUAAAUUGUGGCUACGUAUCGAAGAUAUUAAGAAAUUAAAGGGAAAAUACAAGGACAAUGAAGCCAUUGAGUUUUCUUUUGACUUGGAGAGAGAUGUCCCAGAAGAUGUUGCUCAAGAAAUGGUAGAGUCCGGGUAUGUCUGUGAAGGUGAUCACAAGACCAUGGCUAAAGCUAUCAAAGACAGAGUGUCAUUAAUUAAAAGGAAACGAGAGCAGCGGCAGUUGGUACGGGAAGAGCAAGAAAAAAGAAAGCAGGAAGAGAGCAGUCUCAAACAGCAGGUAGAACAACAAUUCGGUGCAUCCCAGACAGGAGUCAAGCAGCUUCCUGCUGCUAGCACUGGUGUACCUAUAGCUUCCACCACAUCAGCUUCAGUUUCUACACAAGUAGAACCUGAAGAACCUGAAGCAGAUCAACAUCAACAACUGCAGUACCCGCAACCUACUCUAUCUGUGUUAUCUGAUGGGACAGUUGACAGCGGUCAGGGAUCUUCUGUCUUCACAGAAUCUCGAGUGAGCAGCCAACAGACAGUUUCAUAUGGUUCCCAACAUGAACAGGCACAUUCUACUGGCACUAUCCCAGGGCAUACAGCUUCUGCUGUCCAGGCCCAAUCUCAGCCCCAUGGGGUAUAUCCACCCUCAAGUGUGCCUCAGUCCAUGGCGCAUCCGUGUGGGGGUACCCCAACAUACCCAGAAUCACAGAUAUUUUUCCCAACUAUUCAUGAACGUCCAGUUUCUUUCUCACCACCUCCCACCUGUCCACCGAAAGUAGCCAUUUCCCAGCGGCGUAAGAGCACCUCCUUCCUGGAAGCCCAAACUCACCACUUCCAACCCCUGCUGAGGACUGUUGGCCAAAAUCAUCUUCCACCUGGUGGCAGCCCAACUAACUGGACACCAGAGGCAGUAGUUAUGUUGGGUACUACAGCCAGUAGAGUAACUACAGAGCCAUGUGAGAUUCAGGUCCAUCCUAUGUUUGAAACAACUCAAGUUUACAGUGACUAUAAACCUGGACUCAUUCUUCCAGAAGAAGCUCACUAUUUUAUUCCUCAGGAAGCAGUGUAUCUAGCUGGGGUACAUUACCAGGCCCAGGUGGCAGAACAGUAUGAGGGCAUUCCAUACAACUCACAAGUACUCUCAAGUCCUAUGAAACAGAUACCUGAACAGAAGCCAGUACAAGGGGUCCCUACCUCAAGUUCUGUGUUUGAAUUUCCCUCUGGACAGGCUUUCCUGGUAGGACACGUUCAGAAUUUAAGAUUAGAUUCUGGAUUGAGUCCAGGAUCUCCCCUCUCUAGUAUUUCUGCACCUAUCAGUACAGAUGCUACACGUUUGAAAUUUCACCCUGUUUUUGUUCCUCAUUCUGCGCCUGCUGUGUUAACUCAUAGCAAUGAGAGCAGAAGCAGCUGUGUAUUUGAAUUUCAUGUUCACACACCAAGCUCCUCUUCAGGAGAAGGAGGUGGAGUUUUACCUCAACGUGCUUACCGAAAUCGUCAGGUUGCAGUGGACAUGAAUCUGGAAGAACUUCCUCCUCAAUCAAGUGGAUUACAUGGCCACCUGCAGCCUGUGACUGAAGAACAGCAUAAUUACCAUGCCCCAGAAUUGACCGUUUCUGUGGUAGAGCCUUUUGGACAGAACUGGCCAAUAGGAAGCCCAGAGUAUUCCAGUGAUUCCUCACAAAUCACUUCUUCAGACCCCAGUGAUUUUCAGUCACCUCCCCCUACUGGGGGAGCAGCUGCACCUCUUGGCUCUGACGUCUCAUUACCCUUUAUCCGCCUGCCUCAGACAGUGUUUCAAGAAUCCCCACUUUUCUUCUGUUUUCCCCAAGGAACCACAUCUCAGCAGGUCUUAACUGCCUCAUUUUCUUCAGGAGGAUCUGCACUCCAACCACAGGCACAGGGACAGAGCCAGGGUCUGCUGUCUUCAAGUAGCUUAACAGGGGUUUCAUCUUCACAAUCUCUACAGCAUCCUCAACAGCAGGGAAUACAGCAGACAGCCCCUCCUCAACAAACAGUGCAGUAUUCACUUCCACAGACAUCAACCUCUGGUGAGGCCACUACUGCACAGCCAGUGAGUCAGCCUCAAGCUCCACAGGUCUUGUCUCAAGUGUCAGCUGGAAAACAGGGCUUCCCACCUCGACUGCCACCACAAUACCCAGGAGACUCAAAUAUUGCUCCCUCUUCCAGCGUGGCUUCUGUUUGCAUCCAUUCUACAGUCCUAUCCCCUCCCAUGCCGACAGAAGCAUUGGCUACACCUGCUUACUUUCCUGCAGUGGUGCAGCCUUAUGUGGAAUCAAAUCUUUUGGUUCCUGUGGGUGGUAUAGGAGGACAGGUUCAAGUGACCCAACCAGCAGUGAGUUUAGCACAACAAGCCCCCACUACAUCCUCCCAGCAAGCAGCUCUGGAGAGUACUCAAGGAGUCUCUCAAGUUGUUUCUCCUGAACCAAUUCCAGUAACACAACCACAGUCCGCCCCGCCUACCAAUUUGGUUUCCUCUGUAGACAGUGCACAUUCAGAUGUUGCUUCAGGUAUGAGUGAUGGCAAUGAGAAUGUCCCGUCUUCCAGUGGAAGGCAUGAGGGAAGAACUACAAAACGUCAUUAUCGAAAAUCUGUAAGAAGUCGCUCUCGACAUGAAAAGACAUCACGGCCAAAAUUGAGAAUUUUGAAUGUUUCAAAUAAAGGAGACCGAGUAGUAGAAUGUCAGUUAGAGACUCAUAAUCGGAAAAUGGUAACAUUCAAAUUUGACCUAGAUGGUGACAACCCUGAGGAAAUAGCAACAAUUAUGGUGAACAAUGACUUUAUUCUAGCCAUAGAAAGAGAGUCAUUUGUGGAUCAAGUACGAGAAAUUAUUGAAAAAGCUGAUGAAAUGCUCAGUGAGGAUGUUAGUGUGGAACCAGAAGGUGACCAGGGAUUGGAAAGUCUACAGGGAAAGGAUGACUACGGCUUUUCAGGUUCUCAAAAAUUGGAAGGAGAGUUCAAACAACCAAUUCCUGCAUCUUCCAUGCCACAGCAAAUAGGCAUUCCUACCAGUUCUUUAACUCAAGUUGUUCAUUCUGCUGGAAGACGGUUUAUAGUAAGUCCCGUGCCAGAAAGUCGAUUACGAGAAUCAAAUCUUUUCACCAGUGAAAUAUCAGAUACAGUUGCUGCUUCUACAUCUCAAGGCCCUGGAAUGAACUUGUCUCACUCUGCUUCAUCACUUAGUCUACAACAGGCCUUUUCUGAACUUAAACAUGCCCAGACGACAGAAGGACCCAAUACGGCACCUCCAAAUUUUACCCAUACAGGACCAAUAUUUCCAGUAGUACCUCCUUCCUUGAGUAGCACUGCUGGUGUCUCAACCAUAGCAGCAGCCACAUCUUCAGUAUCAGUCCCAAUAACCAGCAGCCCUUCUAAUGACAUGUCAGUGGUUCAGUCUGAGAUUAUAGUCCCCACUGACAAAGCAAUUGCUGGAGUUGCCACUAGCACAGGUAUGGCAACUUCAGGUGGUCUUCCUAUACCACCUGUGUCUGAAUCACCACUAAUUUCCAAUGUAGUUUCAAGUAUCACAGUACCUCCUAUUGUCUCAGUAACUACCACAUCCCAGUCAGUUCAAGCCCCUGCAUCUGGGAGUGUUAUUUCUAGUACAGGUACUUUUCCUUCUAUAACAGUUUCAACAGCUUCAGCCUCUACAGUGGGCAGUACUGCUGCCCCCUGUGCUAAGCCUCCAGUUGUACCAUCUCAGCAGGCAGCUGGCAGUACUACUCCAGUGGCCACGUUAACAUCAGUUUCUACCACCACUUCACUUCCUAGCACAACUUCGCAGCCAUCCCUUCAGCUUAGCAGCAGCAUCUCCGCUCCCACUUUAGCUGAAACAGUGGUGGUUAGUGCACACUCACUGGAUAAGACAUCUCAUAGCAGUACAGCUGGAUUGGCUUUGUCCCUCUCGGCACCAUCUUGUUCUUCCCAAGGAGCAGGAGUAUCCAGUUCUGCUUCUCAGCCUGCUGGGGUGCAUCCUUUGGUUAUCCCAUCAGCUGUGGUUUCUACUCCUGUUCUUUCCCAAGCUGCAGGACCUACACCUUUAUUACCCCAAGUACCUAGUAUCCCACCCUUGGUACAACCAGUUGCCAAUGUGCCUGCUGUACAGCAGACACUAAUUCAUAGUCAGCCUCAACCAGCUUUGCUUCCCAACCAGCCCCAUACUCACUGUCCUGAAAUAGAUGCUGAUACACAGCCCAAAGCUCCUGGAAUUGAUGACAUAAAGACUCUGGAGGAAAAGCUACGGUCUCUCUUUAGUGAACACAGCUCAUCUGGAGCUCAACAUGCCUCUGUCUCACUGGAAACAUCAUUAGUCGUAGAAACCACUGUCACACCAGGUAUCCCAACCACUGCUGUUGCACCAAGCAAACUCGUGACUUCCACCACCAGUACUUGCUUACCACCAACCAACUUGCCAUUAGGAACAGUUGCUUUGCCAGGUAUACCAGUGGUCACACCUGGACAAGUAUCUACCCCCGUCAGCACUACAUCAGGAGUAAAACCUGGAAUGGCUCCCUCAAAGCCACCUUUAGCUAAGGCUCCGGUGUUGCCUGUGGGUACUGAACUUCCAGCGGGUACUCUAUCCAGUGAGCAGCUGCCACCUUUUCCAGGACCUUCACUAACUCAGUCCCAGCAACCUCUAGAAGACCUUGAUGCUCAAUUGAGAAGAACACUUAGUCCAGAGACGAUUACAGUGACAACUGCAGUUGGUCCUGUGUCCAUGGUGGCUCCAAUAGCUGUUACAGAAUCAGGAGCACAGCCUCAGAAGGAUGUUCCUCAGGGUACAGAAGGCCAUGUCCUAGCAACUACUUCAGGAGCUGGUGUUUUUAAGACGGGACGAUUUCAGGUUUCAGUUGCAAUGGAUGAUGCCCAGAAAGAGGGUAAAAAUAAGCCAGAAGAUGCAAAGUCGGUUCACUUUGAAUCUAGUACUUCAGAGUCCUCGGUGCUAUCAAGUAGUAGUAGUCCAGAGAGUACCGUGGUUAAGCCAGCGCCUAAUGGGGUAUCCAUUCAUGGUAUCUCUUCAGAUGUGCCAGAUAGUGCCCACAAAACUCCAGCCCCAGAAGCAAAGUCAGAAACUGGGCAGCCUACCAAGGUUGGGCGUUUUCAGGUGUCAAGUACAGCAAAUAAAGUGGGUCGUUUCUCUGUAUCAAGAACUGAAGACAAGAUUGCUGAGGCAAAGAAAGAGGGACCACUGACAUCCGCUCCUUAUAUGGGUUUGGAACAAGCUAUUCUUCCUGCUGUGAUACCAAAGAAAGAAAAGCCUGAAUUGUCAGAGCCUUCACAUCUAAAUGGGCCGUCUUCUGAUCUGGAGGCUGCCUUUCUAAGCAGAGAUGUGGAUGAUGGUUCAGGUAGUCCACGCUCCCCUCAUCAGCUGUGCUCAAAGAGCCUUCCUAUCCAGACUCUAAGUCAAAGCCUUAGUAAUUCAUUCAACUCCUCUUACAUGAGUAGUGAUAAUGAGUCAGAUAUUGAAGAUGAAGACUUAAAGUUAGAACUACGAAGACUACGAGAAAAACAUCUUAAAGAGAUUCAGGACCUGCAGAGUCGCCAAAAGCAUGAAAUUGAAUCUUUGUAUACCAAAUUGGGCAAGGUUCCCCCUGCUGUCAUCAUUCCCCCGGCUGCUCCCCUUUCAGGGAGAAGAAGGCGACCCACAAAAAGCAAAGGCAGCAAGUCUAGUCGCAGCAGUUCCUUGGGGAAUAAAAGCCCCCAGCUUUCAGGUAACCUAUCUGGUCAGAGUGCAGCUUCAGUCUUGCACCCUCAGCAGACCCUCCACCCUCCUGGCAACAUCCCAGAGUCUGGACAGAAUCAGCUGUUACAGCCCCUUAAGCCAUCUCCCUCCAGUGACAACCUUUAUUCAGCCUUCACCAGUGAUGGUGCCAUUUCAGUACCAAGCCUUGCUGCUCCAGGUCAAGGGACCAGCAGUACAAACACCGUUGGUGGGGCAGUGAACAGCCAAGCUGCCCAGGCUCAGCCUCCUGCCAUAACAUCCAGCAGGAAGGGCACAUUCACAGAUGACCUGCACAAACUGGUAGACAAUUGGGCCCGAGAUGCCAUGAAUCUUUCUGGCAGGAGAGGAAGCAAAGGACAUAUGAAUUAUGAGGGCCCUGGAAUGGCAAGGAAGUUCUCCGCACCUGGACAGCUGUGCAUUUCCAUGACCUCUAACCUGGGUGGCUCUGCCCCCAUCUCUGCAGCAUCAGCUACCUCUCUAGGUCACUUUACCAAGUCUCUGUGUCCCCCACAGCAGUACGGUUUUCCAGCUGCCCCAUUUGGCACUCAGUGGAGUGGGACGGGUGGCCCAGCACCACAGCCACUGGGCCAGUUCCAACCUGUGGGAACUGCCUCCUUGCAGAAUUUCAACAUCAGCAAUUUGCAGAAAUCCAUCAGCAACCCCCCAGGUUCCAACCUGCGGACCACUUAGUCAGACCUAGAGACAUUAACUGAGUAGAUCUGGGGGCAGGAGAUGGAAUGCUGAUGGGGGGAGGGUUGGGGAAAAAGUAGCCUCUUACUAACUUACUAGUGCUGCAUUUAACUGGUUAUUUCUUGCUGGAAGGGGAUGUUUUAAUACCACUUCGAGCCCUCAGAAUGGAGAGUCUCCCUCCCCCUCCAUCUACUGGAGUGGGACAAGAAGAAAAAAACAACUUGCUUGUGAAGGAGCAGCUUCAGACCAUGCUUUAGUGUCCUUCCAUACCCAACAGUGAGGGCUCCAGUAAGGAAAGAGAAUAUUGUUCACGAAGAAGCUACUAAAGAGCUCAAUCUAAAAUGAAACCCCAUCUGUAAUCUGUAUUUUCAAGUUGGGUGGAGCUCUCAUUUUGGUACAUGCCCCUAAUCCCUUACUCCCUCGAGAAUCCAAACCAUAAGACACAAAAAAAGCUUUUGGGCUUUGUCCUACCUUGCUCCUGUCCCUCACCCCCUUUUUUCCCCUUCUUUUCUUUUCCUUUUUCUUUGCUCUUUAGAACCCAGUGAAAAAUACCAGGGGACUGGGGUUGUUACCCUUAUGAUAGGUCAUUAGUGCUUUAAGCAAAAGAUAUUAGCAGCUUUGACUGCAGCAUUAGCAAUUAGGAAAAAAAAUUAAGUUCCCUGCGGACAUGUAACUUCGCCAUCAGUUUUGAUGUGGAAACACUGUGAUAUUAUAUAAAUGUUGUUGGACAACAGUAGUUUUAAGAGUAAAAUAUGAAACGUUAAAAAGUUCCAAAAAAAAAAAAAGCUCUGUCCUUUACUUUUUGAGACACUUUAACUUUUUUCCUUUGUAUUUCCAUUGUAUUAGAUAAAUAAAUGUGAAUGUAAAAUUGUAUAAAUUACUGUACUUGAAUACUUCUGUUCUCCCAGUGUUGCUUGCUGGACAUUUUAGUGCCUUGGACUUCUAUUGCUUCUGCCAUUAGCAUCAACUUGAUCAGACCCCAGAUCAGCAAAGGGCAUGUGGAAGGAAAUUACAGGUCCAUGUGACCCUAGCAGUGGAUAUGCCAAAGGGAAGUUGAAAGAGUAAUUUUUUUAAGUCAUUCAACAAUUUUUGUCUAGAGCAGGUGUAAGAUGAGUCAGGUGAGAAGUUAAGUUGGCAUCAGUGGUUGGAAUAGAGAGUUCUGUUUCAGGAAAAGGGGCGUUCUAACUAAAUGGGGCAAUUUAAAAGAUUAAGAGUGGUGUGUGCUCAAUGAAAGGAAAAAGAGAGACUAAAGAACGGGGAACAAACUUGUUUAGAAGAUACUUGAACCUAGCCAGUGACUGUCAUAAGCCUUACAUAUUUGAGCUGGGCUUGAACAGACAAGACCUAGAAGAAAUUAAAACAUAAAGAGAAGGGGUUGGAGGCUAGUUUUUAAGUUGGAAAAUGUGAUAGUAAAAAACCACAGGUGGAGAAGGUUGCUCUAAAACUGGAUUGCUUUCCUCUUCUUGCACAUGUACCAUGCAUUUCUCAGCUUGGGGUACUAUAUUUUGUGGAUAGUGAAUCUUUCCACAUCUGAAUUAAUAAGCAUUGUCGGAAAGAAUGCUUAUUCCUACCUAUUUUCUCUAUGAUGUCCAAAUGGUUGCAGGAUUAUAAUGUUUUGCCACCUUUAUGUCUAAAGUUACAACUAAUAUUCUCACAUUUUCCUACAAAUGCUUCCCUUAAGUAAUAACUGCAACCAACCAGUAUUAUUCAGUGCUAUGCCUAAUUAGUAAUGGGCAUUUCUGUUGUUUUCAGAACUUUCCAGAAAUAUUAUCCUAAUUGGCUAUGUAUGGGAACUAUAUUGUCUCUCAAGAUACGGAAAGAAGCUAGGACUCCUGGGGGAUGCUUCUGCUCUUGACAUUUAGUUGGAAAACUGACAUAUUUCCAACCUUUCAUCCCACACCCAGUGGCACUUCCCAGGAAUAACCACAACCCUAGGAAGAGCCAGUCCCUUGCUUCCUAGCUUGCUUUGCUGUGUGCUGUGAGCCCCAGAGAGGCAAAUGAGAGCUGAGGGUUUUAGGAAGGUAGAAAUGAAAAGGCUGGCAGUUUCAAGUUUUGGUUUAAAACUGUUUACUUAUUUAUUCUCUGCUUGUAAUUUUUGGGGAGAGGGUAAGAGUAAGGACAGAAUGGAGAGUGCCAAGUAAUGAGAAAUGGACAACCUAAGAUGAAUGGAACAAAACUUUAUCCAGAGGGACGAGGGAGCCAAAUGCAGCACAUGAUCGUUUUGUUACUUUGGUUUAAUAAUUUUGAGAUCUUUUCACUCAUACACAAAAACUAAGAACUGGUUUUAUUUACUGUUGAUUCAUUUUUCCCCGCCUGUGGAUGAAAUAACUGAAGCCUAGAGGAAUGAACUAGUGCUACUGAACUGUUUAAAUUAUUUUUGUGUUAAUAGUACACUUUGAGUCUUUUCCACAUUAAAAAUCUUUCUGAAUUAUAAAUGUUUUCUUUACAUUAUUUAACAAUGUAUACUGUUUAAAAAAACAAAUAAACUGAAUUCAAACUUUGGGAGUUUCUCAGCAGCCAUUAAUUGUACAUUUUGCACUAACUCUGGGUGUUGCGCUUCUUGUAAGAUUGCGCUUUGUGCUUCAGUUUGUUACCUUUGUAGAUUUAUUUAAUGAAACCAUUCAAAUAAACCAAACUUUGCUUUUGUUGA